AUGGAUACAACAGGUGAAAUAUCUAUUUGGUUCCCAUUAGACUGUGUCAUUAGUGUCUCAGAGAUGUUAUUUAGUUGUAACGGUUCAAUUGUGUUGUUCAGUUGUUAUAUCAUGAAUUCAUGCACACUUGCAGUAUGUCUUUAUUUGACUGUUGUUGCUCCGUAGUCUUGAUAGAAUGUGUAUGUUCUUCUAGCGCUGACUGGGCAGGAGAAAGUCCUCGUUGCCAACCGUGAGAAGGUUAAAGGCAACGAGGCUUUCAAGGCUUUCAAGGCCAACGACUAUGAAGAAGCAGUGGCGUAUUAUUCAAGGUCAGACCUUUUAACUUAACACUAACAGCUGUCUCCCUUGGAGGAGUUAGGGAUCGUCAUUACCGUCAAGCUAAGCUGAUGCUAGUAUCUCUUAGUGAAUGCAUAUUCAAUGGGUUUAAUUCCUUUUGUCUUGAGUUCAGCUUCAAACCAUAGAGAUACAUUUAUAUCCAUAGAGAUCCUAUUCAUUUACUAGAGGGGCUAUGUCAUAAUUCCUUAUUCAAUGUUUAUAUUACUCAAACCCUCAGUGAGAAGGUCUUAUCCAGUAAUCAGUCUCCGUACUGCUAAAUGUGGUCCAUCUCUCUUCUCUCCAUGUCUCCUCCUCACCAGGAGUCUGUCAGUGGUACCAACCGUAGCAGGUUACAACAGCAGAACCCAGUCAGAGAUCAAACUGCAGCACUGGCACAAUGCCCUCAACGACUGGCACAAUGCCCUCAACGACUGGCACAAUGCCCUCAACGACUGUCAGAAGGCACUGGAGAUGGAGCCGGGCUAUAUGGAAGGUACUGUUCCACUGGAGAUGGAGCCAGGCAAUAUGAAAGGUACUGUUCCACUGGAGAUGGAGCUGGGCUAUAUGAAAGGUACUGUUCCACUGGAGAUGGAGCCAGGCAAUAUGAAAGGUACUGUUCCACUGGAGAUGGAGCCGGGCUAUAUGAAAGGUACUGUUCCACUGGAGAUGGAGCCAGGCAAUAUGAAAGGUACUGUUCCACUGGAGAUGGAGCCGGGCUAUAUGAAAGGUACUGUUCCACUGGAGAUGGAGCCGGGCUAUAUGAAAGGUACUGUUCCACUGGAGAUGGAGCCGGGCUAUAUGAAAGGUACUGUUCCACUGGAGAUGGAGCCGGGCUAUAUGAAAGGUACUGUUCCACUGGAGAUGGAGCCAGGCAAUAUGAAAGGUACUGUUCCACUGGAGAUGGAGCCGGGCUAUAUGAAAGGUACUGUUCCACUGGAGAUGGAGCCGGGCUAUAUGAAAGGUACUGUUCCACUGGAGAUGGAGCCACUCAAUAUGAAAGGUACUGUUCCACUGGAGAUGGAGCCGGGCUAUAUGAAAGGUACUGUUCCACUGGAGAUGGAGCCGGGCUAUAUGAAAGGUACUGUUCCACUGGAGAUGGAGCCAGGCAAUAUGAAAGGUACUGUUCCACUGGAGAUGGAGCCGGGCUAUAUGAAAGGUACUGUUCCACUGGAGAUGGAGCCGGGCUAUAUGAAAGGUACUGUUCCACUGGAGAUGGAGCCGGGCUAUAUGAAAGGUACUGUUCCACUGGAGAUGGAGCCAGGCAAUAUGAAAGGUACUGUUCCACUGGAGAUGGAGCCGGGCUAUAUGAAAGGUACUGUUCCACUGGAGAUGGAGCCGGGCUAUAUGAAAGGUACUGUUCCACUGGAGAUGGAGCCAGGCAAUAUGAAAGGUACUGUUCCACUGGAGAUGGAGCCGGGCUAUAUGAAAGGUACUGUUCCACUGGAGAUGGAGCCGGGCUAUAUGAAAGGUACUGUUCCACUGGAGAUGGACCAGGCAAUAUGAAAGGUACUGUUCCACUGGAGAUGGAGCCAGCUAUAUGAAAGGUACUCAACUUCCGCGUUUUGGUGCGUUCUACGACGUUGAACUACUGAAGCGAACUGUGACAUGUGCAGAUCUGUGUAUGACUGGAAGAGAGUCGUGCAUCUCGCUCAGAGACUGUGUAUGACUGGGAGAGAGAAGUCGUAUCUCGCUCAGAUACUGUGUAUGACUGGGAGAGAGAAGUCGUGCAUUCGCUCAGAGACGUGUAUGACUGGGAGAGAGAAGUCUGCAUCUCGCUCAAUACGUGUAGAGGAGAGAGAAGUCGUGCAUCUGUCAGAGACUGUGUAUGAUGGAGAGAGAAUCGUGAUCUCGCUCGAGACUGGUAGACUGGGAGAGAGAAGUCGUGUUUCUCGUAGAGAUGUGUAACUGGAGAGAGAAGUGUAUCUCGCCGAGACUGUGUAUGACUGGGAGAGAGAGUCUGCAUCUCGCUCAGAGACUGUGUAUGACUGGGAGAGAGAAGUCGUGCAUCUCGCUCAGAGACUGCGUAUGACUGGGAGAGAGAAGUCGUGCAUCUCGCUCAGAGACUGGCGUAUGACUGGGGAGAGAGAAGUCGUGCAUCUCGCUCAGAUACUGCGUAUGACUGGGAGAGAGAAGUCGUGCAUCUCGCUCAGAUACUGUGUAUAACUGGGAGAGAGAAGUCGUGCAUCCGCUCAGAGACUGUGUAUACUGGGAGAGAGAAGUCGUGCAUCUCGCUCAGAGACUGGUAUGACUGGGAGAGAGAAUCGUGCAAUCCGCUCAGAGAACUGGUAUGACUGGGAGAGAGAAGUCGUGUAUCUCGCUCAGAGACUGUGUAUAACUGGGGAGAAGAAGUCGUGCAUCUCGCUCAGAGACUGUGUAUGACUGGGGAGAGAGAAGUCUGCAUCUCGGCUCAGAGACUGUGUAUGACUGGGAGAGAGAAGUCGUGCAUCUCGCUCAGAGACUGUGUAUGACUGGGAGAGAGAAGUCGUGCAUCUCGCUCAGAGAUGGAUGACGGGAGAGAGAAGUCGUGCAUCUCGCUCAGAGACUGUGUAUGAUGGGAGAGAGAGUCGUGCAUCUCGUCAGAACUGUGUAUGACUGGGAGAGAGAAGUCGGCAUCUCGCUCAGAUAACUGUGUAUGACUGGGAGAGGAAGUCGUGCACUCGCUCAGAGACGUGUAUGACUGGGAGAGAGAAGUCGUGCAUCUCGCUCAGAGACUGUGUAUGACUGGGAGAGAGUCGUGUUUCUCGCUCAGAGACUGUGUAUAACUGGGAGAGAGAAGUUGUGCAUCUCGCUCAGAGACUGUGGUAUGACGGGAAGAGAAGUCGUGCAUCUCGCUCAGAGACUGUGUAUGACUGGAGAGAGAAGUCGUGCAUCUCGCUCAGAGACUGUGUAUGACUGGGAGAGAAAAGGGUCGUGCAUCUCGCUCAGAGACUGCGUAUGACUGGGAGAGAGAAGUCGUGCAUCUCGCUCAGAGACUGGUAUGACUGGGAGAGAGAAGUCGUGCAUCUCGCUCAGAGACUGCGUAUGACUGGGAGAGAGAAGUCGUGCAUCUCGCUCAGAGACUGCGUAUGACUGGGAGAGAGAAGUCGUGCAUCUCGCUCAGAGACUGUGUAUGACUGGGAGAGAGAAGUCGUGCAUCUCGCUCAGAGACUGUGUAUAACUGGGAGAGAGAAGUCGUGCAUCUCGCUCAGAGACUGUAUGACUGGGAGAGAGAAGUCGUGCAUCUCGCUCAGAGACUGUGUAUGACUGGGAGAGAGAAGUCGUGUAUCUCGCUCAGAGACUGUGUAUAACUGGGAGAGAGAAGUCGUGCAUCUCGCUCAGAGACUGUGUAUGACUGGGAGAGAGAAGUCGUGCAUCUCGCUCAGAGACUGUGUAUGACUGGGAGAGAGAAGUCGUGCAUCUCGCUCAGAGACUGUGUAUGACUGGGAGAGAGAAGUCGUGCAUCUCGCUCAGAGACUGUGUAUGACUGGGAGAGAGAAGUCGUGCAUCUCGCUCAGAGACUGUGUAUGACUGGGAGAGAGAAGUCGUGCAUCUCGCUCAGAGACUGCGUAUGACUGGGAGAGAGAAGUUGUGCAUCUCGCUCAGAGACUGUGUAUGACUCGGCGAGAGAAGUCGUGCAUCUCGCUCAGAGACUGUGUAUGACUGGGAGAGAGAAGUCGUGCAUCUCGCUCAGAGACUGUGUAUGACUGGGAGAGAGAAGUCGUGUAUCUCGCUCAGAGACUGUGUAUGACUGGGAGAGAGAAGUCGUGCAUCUCGCUCAGAGACUGUGUAUGACUGGGAGAGAGAAGUCGUGCAUCUCGCUCAGAGACUGUGUAUGACUGGGAGAGAGAAGUCGUGCAUCUCGCUCAGAGACUGUGUAUGACUGGGAGAGAGAAGUCGUGCAUCUCGCUCAGAGACUGUGUAUGACUGGGAGAGAGAAGUCGUGCAUCUCGCUCAGAGACUGCGUAUGACUGGGAGAGAGAAGUCGUGCAUCUCGCUCAGAGACUGCGUAUGACUGGGAGAGAGAAGUUGUGCAUCUCGCUCAGAGACUGUGUAUGACUGGGAGAGAGAAGUCGUGCAUCUCGCUCAGAUACUGUGUAUGACUGGGAGAGAGAAGUCGUGCAUCUCGCUCAGAGACUGUGUAUGACUGGGAGAGAGAAGUCGUGCAUCUCGCUCAGAGACUGUGUAUGACUCGGCGAGAGAAGUCGUGCAUCUCGCUCAGAGACUGUGUAUGACUGGGAGAGAGAAGUCGUGCAUCUCGCUCAGAGACUGUGUAUAACUGGGAGAGAGAAGUCGUGCAUCUCGCUCAGAGACUGCGUAUGACUGGGAGAGAGAAGUCGUGCAUCUCGCUCAGAGACUGUGUAUGACUGGGAGAGAGAAGUCGUGCAUCUCGCUCAGAGACUGUGUAUGACUCGGCGAGAGAAGUCGUGCAUCUCGCUCAGAGACUGUGUAUGACUGGGAGAGAGAAGUCGUGCAUCUCGCUCAGAGACUGCGUAUGACUGGGAGAGAGAAGUCGUGCAUCUCGCUCAGAGACUGUGUAUGACUGGGAGAGAGAAGUCGUGCAUCUCGCUCAGAGACUGUGUAUGACUGGGAGAGAGAAGUCGUGCAUCUCGCUCAGAGACUGUGUAUGACUGGGAGAGAGAAGUCGUGCAUCUCGCUCAGAGACUGUGUAUGACUCGGCGAGAGAAGUCGUGCAUCUCGCUCAGAGACUGUGUAUGACUGGGAGAGAGAAGUCGUGCAUCUCGCUCAGAGACUGCGUAUGACUGGGAGAGAGAAGUCGUGCAUCUCGCUCAGAGACUGUGUAUGACUGGGAGAGAGAAGUCGUGCAUCUCGCUCAGAGACUGUGUAUGACUGGGAGAGAGAAGUCGUGCAUCUCGCUCAGAGACUGUGUAUGACUGGGAGAGAGAAGUCGUGCAUCUCGCUCAUCUCAAUAUCUGUGGUGCUGCUGGUGCAUCGUCACUUCAUUGAGUCUACCUUUCAGAAAGACUGGUCUUGUCUAUUUAAUGCAUACGCACAGUUACGAAUACUAAUAUCACCAUGCUACAUAGGAAAGUGCAUCACCACAUGUGCGUCCCAAAUGGCACCCUAUUCCCUAUAUAGUGCACUACUUUAGACCAGAGAAUGGCACCCUAUUCCCUAUACAGCACUACUUUAGACCAGAGAAUGGCACCCUAUUCCCUCUAUAGUGCACUACUUUAGACCAGAGAAUGGCACCCUAUUCCCUAUAUAGUGCACUACUUUUGGCCUGAGUCCUAUGGGCCCUGGUUCAAAAGUAGUGCACUAAAGGAAUAAGGUGUGAUUUCAAAGCCCAUGUCAUGUUCCUGGCUGACAGGGCCACAGUGCUGAAACAGCAGGGGAACUAUCAGAUGGCUGCUGAAGACCUGAGGAGCGUACUGCUGGCUGAACCACAGAACACCACUGCUACUGUAAGUGUCUCACACACACACACACACACACAGCCAAACACACACACACACACACACACACACACACACACACACACAGCCAAACACACACACACACACACACACACACACACACACACACACACACACACACACACACACACACACACACACACCCAGCCAAACACACACACACACACACACACACAGCCCAACACACACACAGCCCAACACACACACAGCCCAACACACACACACGCGCACACACACACACACAGCCCAACACACACACAGCCCAACACACAAACACACACACACACACGCACACACACACACACAGCCCAACACACACACAGCCCAACACACAAACACACACACACACACACACACACAGCCCAUCACGGUGCGUUGGAGUUACUGUAUCAACCAAUCCCUCCAUAAAAUGAAUGACAGCAUCAGGUCUCCUGUUUAUUCAAUAGACGGUACUGUAGUGGCCAUCAGGUCUCCUGUUUAUUCAAUAGACGGUACUGUAGUGACCGUCAGGUCUCCUGUUUAUUCAAUAGACGGUACUGUAGUGACCAUCAGGUCUCCUGUUUAUUCAAUAGACGGUACUGUAGUGGCCGUCAGGUCUCCUGUUUAUUCAAUAGACGGUUACUGUAGUGACCGUCAGGUCUCUGUUUAUUCAAUAGACGGUACUGUAGUGACCGUCAGGUCUCCUGUUUAUUCAAUAGACGGUACUGUAGUGACCAUCAGGUCUCCUGUUUAUUCAAUAGACGGUACUGUAGUGACCGUCAGGUCUCCUGUUUAUUCAAUAGACGGUACUGUAGUGACCGUCAGGUCUCCUGUUUAUUCAAUAGACGGUACUGUAGUGGCCGUCAGGUCUCCUGUUUAUUCAAUAGACGGUACUGUAGUGACCGUCAGGUCUCCUGUUUAUUCAAUAGACGGUACUGUAGUGACCAUCAGGUCUCCUGUUUAUUCAAUAGACGGUACUGUAGUGACCAUCAGGUCUCCUGUUUAUUCAAUAGACGGUACUGUAGUGGCCAUCAGGUCUCCUGUUUAUUCAAUAGACGGUACUGUAGUGGCCAUCAGGUCUCCUGUUUAUUCAAUAGACGGUACUGUAGUGACCGUCAGGUCUCCUGUUUAUUCAAUAGACGGUACUGUAGUGACCGUCAGGUCUCCUGUUUAUUCAAUAGACGGUACUGUAGUGACCGUCAGGUCUCCUGUUUAUUCAAUAGACGGUACUGUAGUGACCGUCAGGUCUCCUGUUUAUUCAAUAGACGGUACUGUAGUGACCGUCAGGUCUCCUGUUUAUUCAAUAGACGGUACUGUAGUGGCCAUCAGGUCUCCUGUUUAUUCAAUAGACGGUACUGUAGUGACCGUCAGGUCUCCUGUUUAUUCAAUAGACGGUACUGUAGUGACCGUCAGGUCUCCUGUUUAUUCAAUAGACGGUACUGUAGUGACCGUCAGGUCUCCUGUUUAUUCAAUAGACGGUACUGUAGUGACCGUCAGGUCUCCUGUUUAUUCAAUAGACGGUACUGUAGUGACCAUCAGGUCUCCUGUUUAUUCAAUAGACGGUACUGUAGUGACCAUCAGGUCUCCUGUUUAUUCAAUAGACGGUACUGUAGUGACCGUCAGGUCUCCUGUUUAUUCAAUAGACGGUACUGUAGUGACCAUCAGGUCUCCUGUUUAUUCAAUAGACGGUACUGUAGUGGCCGUCAGGUCUCCUGUUUAUUCAAUAGACGGUACUGUAGUGACCGUCAGGUCUCCUGUUUAUUCAAUAGACGGUACUGUAGUGACCGUCAGGUCUCCUGUUUAUUCAAUAGACGGUACUGUAGUGACCGUCAGGUCUCCUGUUUAUUCAAUAGACGGUACUGUAGUGACCGUCAGGUCUCCUGUUUAUUCAAUAGACGGUACUGUAGUGACCGUCAGGUCUCCUGUUUAUUCAAUAGACGGUACUGUAGUGACCGUCAGGUCUCCUGUUUAUUCAAUAGACGGUACUGUAGUGACCGUCAGGUCUCCUGUUUAUUCAAUAGACGGUACUGUAGUGACCGUCAGGUCUCCUGUUUAUUCAAUAGACGGUACUGUAGUGACCGUCAGGUCUCCUGUUUAUUCAAUAGACGGUACUGUAGUGACCGUCAGGUCUCCUGUUUAUUCAAUAGACGGUACUGUAGUGACCGUCAGGUCUCCUGUUUAUUCAAUAGACGGUACUGUAGUGACCGUCAGGUCUCCUGUUUAUUCAAUAGACGGUACUGUAGUGACCGUCAGGUCUCCUGUUUAUUCAAUAGACGGUACUGUAGUGACCGUCAGGUCUCCUGUUUAUUCAAUAGACGGUACUGUAGUGACCGUCAGGUCUCCUGUUUAUUCAAUAGACGGUGGCCUGGAAUGACGGACGUGGAGUUGAAUAGUAUGGACUGUUACUACUGUUAAAUCACCUGUCUUCAUCAGCAUAACAUGUUGUUUGACUGUGUUUGCAUUGAAUCUAAUGGAACAAUAGAAUGAACUAUUUUCAGGUCUUCUGUUCUGAUUUUCCUUCACGGUUGACAACUCCGUUGUGUCCUCCUCCCAGAGUGCGAAGAGCCUUGGCGUGACCCUGGACAACACCCUGUCGUUCUCCGCUAACAUCAAGGCGGUGACCCGAUCCACAUACACAGGAAGCGGCACAGGUCCUAAUCCAGGCACUUGUCAUCUCCCGUCUGGAUUACUGCAACUCGCUGUUGGCUGGGCUCCCUGCCUGUGCCAUUAAACCCCUACAACUCAUCCAGAAUGCCGCAGCCCGUCUGGUGUUCAACCUUCCCAAGUUCUCUCACGUCACCCCUCUCCUCCGCACACUCCACUGGCUUCCAGUUGAAGCUCGCAUCCGCUACAAGACCAUGGUGCUUGCCUAUGGAACAGUGAGGGGAACGGCACCUCUGUACCUUCGGGCUCUGAUCAGUCCCUACACCCAAACGAGGGCAUUGCGUUCAUCCACCUCUGGCCUGCUGGCUCCCCUUCCUCUGCGGAAGCAUAGUUCCCGCUCAGCCCAGUCAAAACUGUUCGCUGCUCUGGCACCCCAAUGGUGGAACAAGCUCCCUCAUGACGCCAGGACAGCGGAGUCACUCACCACCUUCCGGAGACAUUUGAAACCCCACCUCUUUAAGGAAUACCUGGGAUAGGAUAAAGUAAUCCUUCUACCCCCCCCCCCCCCCCCCAAAAUAAAUAAAUAAAUAAGAAUAAGAAUAAAAAAAAUAAGAAAGAAAUAUAAAAAAAAUAUGUAUUAAAAACAACAAAAUAAAAUAUGAAAAAUAAUAAAUAAAAUUAAAAAAACAAAUUUUGGAAAGUGGUUAUCCCACUGGCUAUAGGGUGAAUGCACCAAUUUGUAAGUCGCUCUGGAUAAGAGCGUCUGCUAAAUGACCAAAAUGUAAAUGUAAAUGUAAUCCUGGCCCACAGAAACUUCUGGUUGAGGUGGGUAAGAAACUAAACCAUUGUCAACCGGAGAAGGAACGUAAAAGCAACAAGAUCGUAAUUCAGGAAGUGGAGAAUGAGCAAGGGGAAGACCAGAGAGGUGAGUGACUGAUCACUUCCCUGCUUAGUGAGAGGUGAGUGACUGAUCACUUCCCUACUUAGUGAGAGGUGAGUGACUGAUCACUUCCCUACUUUGUGAGAGGUGAGUGACUGAUCACUUCCCUACUUAGUGAGAGGUGAGUGACUGAUCACUUCCCUGCUUAGUGAGAGGUGAAUGACUGAUCACUUGCCUGCUUAGUGAGAGGUGAGUGACUGAUCACUUCCCUGCUUAGUGAGAGGUGAAUGACUGAUCACUUCCCUACUUAGUGAGAGGUGAGUGACUGAUCACUUCCCUGCUUAGUGAGAGGUGAAUGACUGAUCACUUCCCUACUUAGUGAGAGGUGAGUGACUGAUCACUUCCCUACUUAGUGAGAGGUGAGUGACUGAUCACUUCCCUACUUAGUGAGAGGUGAGUGACUGAUCACUUCCCUACUUAGUGAGAGGUGAGUGACUGAUCACUUCCCUAUUUAGUGAGAGGUGAGUGACUGAUCACUUCCCUGCUUAGUGAGAGGUGAGUGACUGAUCACUUCCCUACUUAGUGAGAGGUGAGUGACUGAUCACUUCCGUGCUUAGUGAGAGGUGAGUGACUGAUCACUUCCCUGCUUAGUGAGAGGUGAGUGACUGAUCACUUCCCUACUUAGUGAGAGGUGAGUGACUGAUCACUUCCGUGCUUAGUGAGAGGUGAGUGACUGAUCACUUCCCUACUUAGUGAGAGGUGAGUGACUGAUCACUUCCCUAUUUAGUGAGAGGUGAGUGACUGAUCACUUCCCUGCUUAGUGAGAGGUGAGUGACUGAUCACUUCCCUACUUAGUGAGAGGUGAGUGACUGAUCACUUCCGUGCUUAGUGAGAGGUGAGUGACUGAUCACUUCCCUAUUUAGUGAGAGGUGAGUGACGGAUCACUUCCCUGCCGAUCACUUCCCUGCUUAGUGAGAGGUGAGUGACUGAUCACUUCCCUGCUUAGUGAGAGGUGAGUGACUGAUCACUUCCCUGCUUAGUGAGAGGUGAGUGACCGAUCACUUCCCUAUUUAGUGAGAGGUGAGUGACUGAUCACUUCCCUGUUUAGUGCGAGGUGACUGACUGAUCACUUCCCUGCUUAGUGAGAGGUGAGUGACUGAUCACUUCCCUACUUAGUGAGAGGUGAGUGACUGAUCACUUCCCUACUUAGUGAGAGGUGAGUGACUGAUCACUUCCCUACUUAGUGAGAGGUGAGUGACUGAUCACCUCCCUACUUAGUGAGAGGUGAGUGACUGAUCACUUCCCUAUUUAGUGAGAGGUGAGUGCCUGAUCACUUCCCUGCUUAGUGAGAGGUGAGUGCCUGAUCACUUCCCUGCUUAGUGAGAGGUGAGUGACUGAUCACUUCCCUACUUAGUGAGAGGUGAGUGACUGAUCACUUCCCUGCUUAGUGAGAGGUGAGUGACUGAUCACUUGCCUGCUUAGUGAGAGGUGAGUGACUGAUCACUUCCCUACUUAGUGAGAGGUGAGUGACGGAUCACUUCCCUGCUUAGUGAGAGGUGAGUGACUGAUCACUUCCCUGCUUAGUGAGAUGUGAGUGACUGAUCACUUCCCUGCUUAGUGAGAGGUGAGUGACUGAUCACUCCCUACUUAGUGAGAGGUGAGUGACUGAUCACUUCCCUGCUUAGUGAGAGGUGAGUGACUGAUCACUUCCCUGCUUAGUGAGAGGUGAGUGACGGAUCACUUCCCUGCUUAGUGAGAGGUGAGUGACUGAUCACUUCCCUGCUUAGUGAGAGGCGAGUGACUGAUCACUUCCCUGCUUAGUGAGAGGUGAGUGACUGGUCACUCCCUACUUAGUGAGAUUGAACAAUUAUACCUCCCAAGUCAAUCAGUACUGAGCUUAAAGUGACUGACCUCCAGCCCAGUCCUGGAGACCACCAGUUGGUUGAAAUGAUAUGGUCAUUGACCUGGAAUAGCCUACUCUACAGGCCUGUACUGUGGUGUACGGUCAGGUCUCCUGUUUACUCUACAGGCCUGUACUGUGGUGUACAGUCAGGUCUCCUGUUUACUCUACAGCCCUGUACUGUGGUGUACAGUCAGGUCUCCUGUUUACUCUACAGGCCUGUACUGUGGUGUACAGUCAGGUCUCCUGUUUACUCUACAGCCCUGUACUGUGGUGUACAGUCAGGUCUCCUGUUUACUCUACAGGCCUGUACUGUGGUGUACAGUCAGGUCUCCUGUUUACUCUACAGCCCUGUACUGUGGUGUACAGUCUGUCACCAGUCAGUCAACGUCAAACUGA